UCAAGUUCUAAGACGCACUGUUUUGAGUGGGAACCAUUGUAAAGGAGAUGGAGACGGAGAUAUAUAAACGGAAAAAAAGAGGACAUUUUUGAACUUUUACGCUAUAGUCUAGGACGGAACACAGAUAGAAUCUGGAGACAAGCAUCUGGGAAUAGCAUAUUCAUCUGAGCAAAACUAACGUAUUCAUUAGCCUUAUCAGUAUUAGGAAUUAGGAAUUAGGAAUGUUAGCAGGCGUUUUGCUGGAUUAGGGAUUAGGAGUAGUGGAACAAUGGGUUCAGAAGCGGGACAUUCGGAAAACGUGCAACAGAGUUCGCGGUUCGUUGCAACGUGGUUGGUGGGAGGGGUGGUGCUAGGGUUAUCGGUGUUGGGUUUGAGAUUUGCUUUACCGAAGAAGAAGAAGAAGAGACCUAUACGGGUAUAUAUGGAUGGAUGCUUUGAUAUGAUGCAUUACGGCCAUUGCAAUGCUCUCCGACAAGCUCGGGCUCUCGGCGACCAAUUAGUUGUUGGUGUAGUUAGCGAUGCUGAAAUCAUUGCCAAUAAAGGCCCUCCUGUCACUCCUCUUCACGAGAGGAUGAUUAUGGUCGGAGCUGUUAAGUGGGUGGAUGAAGUCAUCUCUGAUGCCCCCUAUGCUAUUACUGAAGAUUUUAUGAGGAAGCUCUUUGAUGAGUAUAACAUAGACUAUAUCAUUCAUGGGGAUGACCCUUGUCUUCUUCCCGAUGGUACUGAUGCUUAUGCCCUUGCUAAGAAGGUUGGUCGCUAUAAGCAGAUCAAGCGCACAGAAGGAGUUUCAAGCACUGAUAUAGUCGGUCGAAUGCUUCUUUGUGUGAGAGAGAGGUCCACUGGUGACUCCCCCAGUCAUGCAUCCUUGCAGAGACAAUUUAGCCAUGGACACAGCCAAAAAUCUGAAGAUGGUGGUGCUAGGAGCGAAACACGCGUAUCUCAUUUUCUUCCUACGUCUCGUAGAAUUGUACAAUUUUCCAAUUCAAAGGGAGCUGGACCUGGUGCUCGCAUAGUUUAUAUUGAUGGUGCUUUUGAUCUCUUUCAUGCUGGACAUGUAGAGAUACUAAGGCUUGCUCGAGGACUUGGAGACUUUCUACUUGUUGGCAUUCAUACUGAUCAAACUGUAAGUGCCAAUAGAGGUGCGCAUCGCCCAAUUAUGAAUCUUCAUGAAAGGAGCUUAAGUGUUUUGGCUUGCCGCUACACUGAUGAAGUGAUUAUUGGUGCUCCAUGGGAGGUGUCAAAAGAUAUGAUAACUACCUUCAAUAUCUCUUUAGUUGUUCAUGGAACAGUAGCCGAGGAUAAUGAUUUUCAGAAGGAGAAGGGUAACCCAUAUGCUGUACCAAUUAGCAUGGACAUUUUUAAAAUAUUGGAUAGUCCUUUAGAUAUUACAACGAGCACAAUAAUAAGGAGAAUUGUGUCAAAUCAUGAGGCAUACCAGAAACGGAAUGAGAAAAAAGCAGCUAGUGAGAGGAGGUACUAUGAGGGAAAGAGUUAUGUCUCUGGUGAUUAGUUGACUUACAGAAUCAAGAGUUAUGUCUCUGGUGAUUAGUUGACUUACAGAAUCAAGAUGAUAAAUUGGUGGGGCCAGAUGCUUCAGAAGAUGUAACUUGUGAUUCUGGCUGCCCCCCUCGCUCUCUCGCUCCCUUUUUUGCCUUUUAUGCCUUUUGCUUUUCAACCUUUUAGUAGGUUCCUGCGUCAAACUGCACGCUAGUGCACAUGACGUCCUCUAGUUUAACCGAGGCAAUUUUUUGGCCAAAAACAUAAAAGAUAGAAGUGAAAUAUGUCAUCUUGACGUUGAGCCUUCAGUGUAUGCAAGUGGGACUACUUGCUCUGGUUUUCCUUUUUGCAUGGAGCAUGUGCACUUCAUGCUAAUGAAAUACAAAAUUGCUACUUGUAAAGAGUUAGUUGUAUGUGCGUCCGGAAUACAUUAGGUUGCCGCACAGUGGCGCACGUGGUACACUCUCCUAUUGCGGAGCAGAAUGUGGAUGCACUUUUAUUUAUUUAUUUUUGAAGUUUAGUACUGACUAUUAAUAUCGGAAUAACUUUGAAUUGCUUAUUGGUAA